AUGACGUGUUGGCCCUUGGUUUUGUUCCUAAAUGCAUUUCCUUUUCUGUUGCUUGUCGUUCUAGUUUGUUCACCUAUUCUAUUAAUUCAGGGUAAUCAGGCAUUCAAAGAUAAGCAGUGGCAGAGGGCCAUUGGCUUUUAUACAGAAGCGAUCAAACUCAACAGUAAUAAUGCUACUUACUAUAGCAAUAGGGCUGCAGCAUAUCUAGAAUUGGGAAGCUUCCUCCAAGCUGAAGCAGAUUGUACUAAAGCUAUUGAUGUAGAUAAGAAGGUGAUCUCCAAUUUUAAAAGCAAUUUUGUUAUUACUACUGUGACUGGAUCUAAUGUUGAUCUUAGGCUGUGCAGACCCUUUUAUAUCUAUUUUGUUUUUUAA